ACUACCAAUAUGUUAAAUCCCUCUCCUCAAUGCUUAUUAUUUUCCUGUAUAAACUGCCACUUUUCUGUUAUCAUAAUUGUUUCAUAGUUGCUUAAUGUCAACGUGUGAGAAGAGAUGGCGAAAUCACCAGAGCAAGAGCAUCCCAAGAAGGCUUUCGGAUGGGCAGCCAGGGACACUUCGGGGGUCCUUUCGCCCUUCAAAUUCUCUAGAAGAGCAACGGGAGACGAGGACGUAACGUUCAGAAUUCUUUAUUGUGGGAUAUGCCACUCAGACCUUCACAUGAUGAAGAAUGAAUUUGGCAUGUCCACCUACCCACUUGUCCCUGGGCACGAAUUCGUUGGGGAAGUGACAGAAGUGGGGAGCAAGGUGAAGAAAGUUAAAGUUGGAGACAAAGUGGGCGUGGGAGCUGUGGUCGGUGCAUGCCAUUCCUGUGAGAACUGUAAGAAUGACCUUGAAGUUUAUUGUCCCGAAAUGAUUCUUACCUACAGUUCCUUUUACUCCGAUAGAACGAUCACAUAUGGAGGCUACUCAGACACAAUGGUAGCUAACGAGCGCUACAUCAUUCACUUUCCGGAAAGCAUCUCACUUAACGCCAGUGCUCCCCUACUUUGCGCCGGAAUCACAGUUUAUAGUCCCUUGAAAUAUUUUGGUCUCGCCGAGCCGGGUAAGCAUAUUGGAGUUGUUGGCCUCGGAGGACUUGGUCAUCUAGCUGUUAAAUUUGCAAAGGCUUUCGGGGUGAAAGUGACGGUAAUUAGCACCUCGAUUAGCAAGAAAGAUGAGGCUUUGGAACAUCUUGGUGCCGACUCAUUUUUGCUUAGUCGUGACCAAGAACAAUUGCAGGCUGCCAAGAAUACAAUGGAUGGUAUCCUUGAUACCGUAUCUGCAGCGCACUCAAUUUUGCCAAUAAUUGAUCUAUUGAAGUCCCAUGGGAAGCUUGUUUUGCUGGGUGCAAUAGAAAAGCCACUUGAGCUACCCGUCUUUCCUCUGCUUAUGGGAAGGAAGAUGGUUGCGGGAAGUUUCAUUGGAGGAAUGAAGGAGAUGCAAGAAAUGAUAGACUUUGCAGCAAAACAUAACAUCACGGCAGACAUAGAGAUUAUUUCAAUGGAGUACGUGAACACAGCAAUGGAGCGCCUUGCUAAAGGUGAUGUUAGAUACCGAUUUGUCAUUGACAUCGGAAACACCUUGGCCGCUACCAACCCCUGAAGACUAGCUUGGUGUCUUAAUUUUCUUCUUCUGUUCCAAUGGUUUUGCUUAAUUGCUUAUUCUAUCUCCACUAGAUCUGAUACUGAACAGACAAUAAAUAAUUCUGUCUUGUAAUUAUGUUUAGGUUAUUAAUUUGGGUUAAAUACAAAAUUA